UGCCGCGUGGGGCAGUGCAAUCGCUGAGGUGACAGUUGGGCAUAAGAAAAUAACAAAAUACACCCAGUGCAAAUUCACGCAUGUUUUUCGCAGAAAAUAAGGUAAAAUGUCCAAGAUAUUCACACCUACGAAUCAGAUUCGCCUGACAAAUGUCGCUGUGGUGCGAAUGAAGAAGAGUGGCAAGAGAUUUGAGAUUGCCUGCUACAAGAACAAGGUGAUCUCUUGGAGGAACAAUGUAGAGAAGGAUAUCGAUGAGGUGCUGCAGACGCACACGAUUUUCACGAAUGUUUCAAAGGGACAAGUGGCGAAGAAGGAGGAUUUAGUGAAGUCAUUCGAGACGGAUGACCAAACUGAGAUUUGCCGGCGAAUUUUAGCCGAGGGAGAACUCCAGAUCUCUGACAAGGAGCGACAGACGCAUCUGGACUCCCUCUUCAAAGACAUCGCCACCAUCGUGACGGACAAGUGCGUGAAUCCGGACACGAAGCGUCCUUAUCCAGUGUCCAUGAUCGAGAAGGCGAUGCGCGAUGUCCACUUCUCCGUGAAGCCCAACAGGAACAGCAAGCAGCAGGCUCUGGAGGUGAUCAGCGUCCUGAAGGAGAGCAUACCCAUCGAGCGUGCCAGGAUGCGCCUCAAGAUCGUGGCGAGUGGCAAGGAGGCGAAGAAGGUGCGCGAGAAAGUCACUCAAUUGGCACCGACAGUGGAACAGGAGGACUGGACAGACGGAACUCUCUCAAUCGUGUGCCUCAUCGAUCCCGGACACUUUCGGGCUGUGGAUGAGAUCGUGAAGGGCGAGACGAAGGGCAGCGGCAGUCUUGAGCUGUUGGACCUCAAGGAAGUCACGGAAGGCGACGAAGUGCUAGAGUAGAGUUCCUCCUGUUAUCACUCUGUAAGUCCAUGAAGAUAUCCUCAAUACAAGUCAUGUUUCUGUUUCGAA